AUUGACAUCUCAAAUAACGCUUCUUUUUGUUUUAUUUUUUUGCGUUGCGUUUGCGUACGUCUGUUGCGAUGCGUGGGAUUCUGGACGUUCAGGCGCAGCCCUCAGAAGAAAACUGACGGUGCUUUUAACGAAUUCUCGGAAGUGUCGACAGUAUGGAUGCCAAGGGAGACACUAUCAGCCUGGAUUUAAGCCAGCUUACUGGCGAGAUCGUUGCUGUAGUAGAUGAGGACCAGAAGAGCAAGCCUGGCCUACUGCCAACCAGUCCUGCUGCGGCAAAGGAAUGGCUCUCGCAGAAGAAACAGACCAUUCGUCCAUGGAAGCAGUUCGUCAACUUUAACCGAUUUAACAUGCCCAAAAACAUUGGCGUUGCAUCCGCCAGAGUCGUCCAGAAUGUUGAACACUUCCAGAGCAACUACCUCUUUGUCUUCAUUGGCCUCAUCUUGUACUGUAUACUGACCUCUCCUCUCUUGCUGAUUGCCAUAGUGGCUGGUAUGGGAGGUGCAUACAUCAUUCGCCUGAAGAGUGCUGAAGGCAAAAUCAAACUGUUCAAUAAAGAGCUCACUGUGAUCCAGCAGUACUGUAUACUGGGCAUGCUGUGUUUUCCAAUAUUCUAUGUGGCUGGAGCUGGAUCAGCUGUCUUCUGGGUUAUUGGUGCGUCCUUCUUCACGAUCAUGCUGCACGCAACCAUGUAUGCCAUCGAAGCAUCAACUCCAGAGGAAAGCUUUGAAUUGCAGACAGUGUAAAAAUGAUGCCGAGCAGAGCUGUUUUGCUGGGCCAGAAUCUCGAAUCCCGGCUUGAACCCCUCACUGUGUUCCAUCACUGUUGGCAGGUUCGAAACGCAUGUUUGGUUUGGCUGCAUUAACCAAUACAGCGGACCAUGACUGGCUGGAGAGCGGACGGAGCUUCACGCUUGUCCUAGACCUGAAUUUUCAGGGAAGACUUUCCACAACAUUUUUGUUCCUUUUAGUUGCAAAAUUUGGGAUCUCCCUCAUUGUAUGAAGGGCUGUGGAGACAAAACUUCAAGCUCUGCAUACUUGCUUGAUGUUGCCAAGAUUAAAUCGGGUCAGGAGCUGUGCAACUCGUUGCGAUUUGUUAUUUUCAUUUUAUGCUAGUUGUUACCGCCUGUCUAUAAUGGGUGAAAGAUUGAUUCAAUAAAACGUUUUUGCUGUAAAAAUAAA